AUGCUGGUCGACUUUGGACAAUUGCGUCAUAUCCAACAUGCGCGAACAGGUGUUCCUCACACGCCAAAAUCGUCACGAAAUGGCGCGUCAAUUAAGGGGCAAGGUUGGCAAGCACAGAAGGAACAUCUGGCUCAUGGAUGGAAUCAGCCAUUCUCGCAAAAUUCAUGUUCCAUCCCUAUCAACCCCACAAUCUCACAUCGAGUUACCUACAACACUGCAUCCACUAUCUCUACUGAGCCUGUGAUUCACGAUGUGUUCGAACCCGCAUCUGGAACAUGGCAAUAUCUCAUCGCCGAUCCGUCGACAUCAACAGCUGUGAUAAUCGACCCAGUCUUGAACUAUGAUCCUGCCACUCAGGCCGUGACCACUGAGGCAGCCGACUCCUUACUCUCUCUUAUCAUGGGAGAGGGCUAUAAGAUCGACAAGAUUCUUGAAACGCACGCUCAUGCAGAUCAUUUGUCUGCGGCAUCUUAUCUUCAGAAACAAAUUGCCCAGUGUCAAGACCCAAGGCCGCCCAUCUGCAUCGGCAAGCGAAUUGAACAAGUGCAAAAGUUGUUCGCCGAGAGAUAUGGUGUCCCACAAGAGGAAUAUAAAGCCGUCUUUGACAAGCUUUUCGACGAUGAUGAGACUUUUACUAUUGGUAACCUCAAAGGAAUGGCUAUGCAUCUACCUGGACACACCCCGGAUCACCUUGGUUACAUGAUAGGAGCUAAUCUUUUCUGCGGUGAUUCUCUCUUCCAUGUGGACAUCGGCACUGCACGCUGUGACUUCCCCGGUGGUGAUGCGAAUGACCUCUUUCGAUCGGGCCGCAAGCUUCUGAGCCUCCCCGACCACUUCAAAAUCUGGACAGGUCAUGAUUAUCCGCCGGAGGGACGUGAUCCUGUGGCUUGGGUGAGCGUCCAGGAUCACAAGAAGCUGAAUAAACACCUGAAAGAUGGCAUCGGCGAGGAAGAGUUUGUGGCUUUGCGAAAGGAACGUGAUGCCGGAUUGGAGGCACCUAAGCUGCUUCACCAAUCUUUGCAAGUCAACAUCCGAGCAGGACACCUUCCUUUGCCCUCGAAAUUUGGUCAUCGGUUGCUUCAUCUUCCAAUGAAGCUUACCGGGGAAGCGUGGUAG